AGGUGGAGUCUGACAACCCCGCAAAAGAGCUGCUAGAUUGUGUGUGUUUGUUUGCGUAAGCUGCAAAGUCAAGAACCCGUAAAAAAUGUCCGCCGAUGCUCAGCCAAAUCCAAAACAACGUGCUAAUAUAGCAUAUCCGCCAGAGCCACCGAUCGGUUUGCCAACGCGUGAGAAGGCGAUCGUCGGAGCUUUGUGCGUGGUGUGCGGUGAUCGGGCCUGCUCACACCUGUACUACGGUGUCGCCGCCUGCCAUGGAUGCAAGUGUUUCUUCUGGAGAACCGUCAAGAGCGGUCUCACCUACACGUGUCGCUUCGACGGUAAAUGCUCUAUCUCAACAGCUGGCCGUAACGCUUGUCGAUACUGCCGCUUCAAUCGAUGUCUCAAAUCUGGUAUGAAACUUGAAGCCGUGCGCAUGGAUAAGAAGAGCGACAAGGCACUGAAGCGGAAACGUAAUGAUGCUGACAGCGAUGAUUUUGAUGAGAAUCAGGAAAAUAUAGAAACGCCUGCCAUAAAGCAGCAGCGUAUGGAUCAUCGUCUUCUCAUCUCAUCUUUGAUGCUCAUCGACAAAACCGCUAGUGAUGGUAACGGGAAAAUGUCUCUUGGACGUGAUUUCGUCUCGCUAGCCAUGGUUAUAGACGAGCCCGAUAUACUCGACGUCGAUCGUACUGAGAUGUGCUUCCGCGCAUGCACACCAGCAGAUGAAGUUGCUUGUGCUGAAAGUGAACGACGUCUUCUAACAUGGGCAAUCGACUGGACAAGGCAGGUGGCGGACAUGGAAGACGCCAUCAGCAACACAGAUAAGAUCGCGCUGUUGCGGGCGUGCUGCGUACCACUGACUCUUCUAGAGCUCGGUGCGCGGUCUUGUGCAACAGCUGCACAAAUGAAAACUGAUUGUGCAGCGUUGCAGAUCUUGCCACUGCCUAACAAUACCUACCUCAGCACGGAUAAGCAACUUCCGAAAAACUGCUUUCUUUCCCUGAACGCCAUUCGUUCACUAAUGCAAUGGACUACGCGUCACUUGAAGCAGCUUCAAUUAUCUGCAAAGGAACUGGUGCUUCUCAAGGCGCUCAUUGUGGUCAACGUUGACGCGCCUGGAUUAUCCAAGGAUGCUGAGCCAGCUGUAAGUGCUCUGCGUGACCGCGUGCACUCUGCUCUUUAUCAACACUGUGCGGACACAUACGAAUCUGCAAAAGCAGCAGGUCGUCUUGCGAAAAUUCUGCUGUCGCUACCUCAGCUUUACCUACUCUCCGCGGAAGUUGUAGAACAUCAGAGGAUGCGCCAUACAUUCGCCAGCCCGUAUCAGCUGAACCCUCUUCUUGUGCAGCUUUUCGGGGACAUCUUCGAAGAGGGCAAAGCUGAUGAAGCGUAUUUGAUUCACUCUGCUUCGUGUAGCCCGUCCAGUACUAAGACCGGCCAGUCGCAGAUCAGCGCACUGUGGCUGGCCCUGCACAAAACUUUCGCUGCCAUAGCAGCAUUUCUUCCCCUACAACAGGAAACUAUAAUGUGCAGUCGCCAGAAGAGAUUAACUCUAUGGCUUGGUUUGAUUGCGUUGAACAAUCAUGGUAAAAGUGCUGCAUUAAGUCUUGAUUAGAUUGACUAUAUUCUUUGCUAAGUUUUGUUGUUCUUUUAAGAUUUGAAGAUUUUAUAUGGUGUACAUAAGGAUGUAUUCCAAAGCAUAGAAGUUUUGUGUAAUUCCGUGUUUCCUAGUUGGCUACUGUAUCAUGUAUGGUUUCAUUAAAAUCUUAGGCACCUGUCAGGCUUUGGGUGAGAGACCCAAAAGAGCUCAAAUCAGUGCGAAAGCGCCCAUCUCCACCUUUUUCUCCUCUAUCCUAACGCAGGUUCCGCGCCAGCCUAAGAG